AUGAAACUGGGCCGCCCGCUCCUGCGCCGCGCGCUCUCCGGCAGCAACGUCCGCGCGCUCUCCAGCAGCGACGCGACGCUCACCGAGGUGCCAGAUAAGUGCGAGGUGCUCGUCGUCGGCGGCGGAAUCAUCGGGGUGUCGGUAGCUUACCACCUCGCGCAGCGCGGCGUGAACGAUGUCGUGCUCCUCGAGCGCCACAAGCUGACGAGCGGCACGACGUGGCACGCCGCCGGCCUCGUGGGCCAGAUGCGCGCGACGAAGGUCGAGACGGAGCUCUCCGCGGCCGCGGCCGACGUCUACGAGGCCCUGAAGUUGGAAACCGGUCUCGACACGGGCUACAAGCAGUGCGGCUCCUUGACGACGGCGGCGACGCGCGAGCGCUUGGAGUUUCUCAAGCGCAACUCGGCGCGCGCGCGGUCCUACGGCCUCGAGGCGGAGGUGCUGACGCCCGACGAGUGCGGCGCGCUGAUGACGCACGACGGCCACACGAUCAUCAAGACGGACGACCUCCACGGCGGCCUGUGGUUGCCCGGCGACGGGAGCGGGUCGCCGACGGACCUCACGAUGGCCUUCGCCAAGGGCGCGCGCAUGCGCGGCGUCAACAUCUGCGAGGGCGUCGCCGUCGACCAGUUCCAGCUCGCGUCCAUCGACCAGGGCCGCAAGCGCGUCGUCGGAGUGUCGCUGGAAGACGGGCGCCGGAUGUCGGCGGAGAAGGUCGUGCUCUGCGGCGGCCAGUGGUCGCGCGACGUCGCGCGCAAGGCCGGCGUGAACGUGCCGCUCCACAGCUGCGAGCACUUCUACUGCACGACGGCCAAGAUGCCGGGCACCGCGGAUUCGGCGCAGGUUUACCGCGACAACGACUCCUUCACCUACUUCCGCGAGUGGGGCGAGGGCCUCCUCGUCGGCGGCUUCGAGCCGAACGCGCGGCCCGUGCGCGACUGGACGAGCGCGGUGCCCUCGGACUUUUCUUUCGGACUUCUGCCCGACGACCUCGAGCACUUUUACUCUUCGGUCUACGAGCCCGCGACCCAGCGCGUGCCCAAGCUCGAGGACGCGGAGAUCACGUCGUUCCUCAACGGGCCCGAGGCGUUCACCCCAGACAACAAUUACAUCCUGGGCGAGGCGCCCGAGGUCUCGAACUUCUUCGUGGCCGCCGGGCUCAACUCGGCGGGCAUCGCGAACGCCGCGGGCGUCGGCCAGACGCUGAGCGAGUGGAUCGUCGACGGGAAGCCGUCGAGGGACGUCUGGGGCGUGGACAUCCGCCGCUUCGGCGCCUUCCACCGGUCGCCCGAGUUCCUGCGCGACCGCUGCGCCGAGGUUGAAUCACCCUUUUCCUGCCCAGGCCUCCAUUACGCGCUUCCUUGGCCGCGCCUCGAGCUCCAGUCCGCGCGGAACCUGCGGCUCACGGCGCUCCACGAGACCCACAAGGCCAACGGGGCCAAGUUCGGGCAGAAGUUCGGCUGGGAGCGCGUCAACUACUACGCGCCGGGCGACGACGAGGUCGAGCACGACCACAAGAUCGACUCGAAGCCCGGCUGGAUGAAGUACGCCAAGGCCGAGGCCCAGCACUGCCGCGAGAACGUCGCGCUCUUCGACGUGUCGAGCUUCGCGAAGCUGCUCGUGAAAGGCCGCGAUGCGGAAGCGUGCAUGCAGCGCCUCUGCUGCGGCGACGUGUCCGUCGUGGACCGUGCUGUCUACACGGGCAUGCUCAACGCCGAGGGCGGCGGCUACGAGAGCGACUGCACGGUGACGAAGCUCGGCGACGACGAGUUCCUCGUCGUCAGCCCCACGGGCAGCGCGACGCGCGACGCCGACUGGAUCCGGCGCCACUUGACGGGCGACGCGACGCUCGUCGACGUCUCGAACCAGCUCGCGGUGCUCGCGGUCAUGGGGCCCGAGUCGCUCAACCUCCUCAAGGCCUGCGUGACGCAGCCGUCCGUCUUCGACGACUUCCCCUUCGGCGCGUCCCGGGCGCUCGACAUCGGCCACGCGGCUUCCGUGCGGGCGCAACGCAUCACCUACGUCGGCGAGCUCGGCUUCGAGCUCUACGUGCCCGUGGAGUCCGCGGCCCACGUGUACCGCAGCCUCCACGCGGCGUCCGCCGAACAUCCGUCCGCGGAUCUCCGCGAUUGCGGCUACUACGCCAUCGAUUCGCUUCGCACGGAGAAGGCCUACCGCGCCUGGGGCCACGAGCUCGACCCCUUCGUGACGCCCUUCGAGGCCGGCCUCGGCUUCACCAUCGACUGGUCCAAGGACUUCAUCGGCAAGGACGCGCUCGCGAAGCUGAAGAAGGAGCCCCUGAAGCAGCGCGUCGUCGCCCUUCACACGCACGAGGAGGACCUGCCGAUAUGGGGGAACGAGCCCGUCCUGCGCGACGGCGAGCUCGUCGGCAACGUCACGACGGCCAACUACGCCCACUCGCUCGGCGGCCAGGUCGCCCUCGCGAUCGUCAAGCACCCCGAGGUCGGCGUGAAGGGCUUCGUCAAGGCCGGGACGUACGAAAUAGACGUCGGCGGCACGCGCCUCAAGGCCACGGGGUCCCUCCGCCCGCCCUUCGACCCCAAGCACAAGCGCCCGCAGGGCAUCUACGAGGACCACACCGAGACCGCGCGCGCCGCGGCCUGA